CAAAGGAGACCAGUAGAAACGCGCCCACUGCAUGGAGCACAGACUAGUCCUCGUAUUACAAAGCCGGCUUUCUGAGCUGAUGACUUUGCACUGAGCACAGUGCCUUUGUACAUGCGAGCCGAUCUCCUUCAGCCGCGCUGAUGGGCUGGAGAAGUGAUACCGGAGCAGGUUACGUGACAUCGUCUUGGACUGGACUUGCCACGACAUUGAUGGAUGCCACCACCGACAAGGAUCCGUCAGUCCAGGAGCAGAUCUACAGUGCUCUAUGCUAUCUGGGAGAAGCCGAGCCCGAAGAGAUCCUGAACUGCUGUGAUGAAUACCUGCGGCAGCACGAGAAGCUGGCUUACCCGCACCGCGUCACCAUCCUGAAGGCAAUGGAAACGGUGGUGAAGAAUAACAUGUCCCAUCUGGACAAGAGCACCGCCAAGGUGGUUAUCUUCCUGGCAUCUAAUGAAAUGACCAAGUCAAAGGAAAUAGUCCAUGAGUGGCAGCAGGCAGCAAGCAAUGUCCUCGUUGCAGUGGGGCAGCGCUUCAUCAACAAAGUGAUGGAGGAGGUGCUGACCAAAUUCCAGCCCGGGAUCCUGCCGCACUACUUCAUCAUGCAGACGUUCGCAAACCUCUCUGUGUCUAACGUAUUCGGGAUGGUGCCUUUCUUGAACUCCAUCCUUGGGACCAUGCUGCCGAUGCUGGGGAUGGCUAAACAGGACCACAUGAAGUCUGUGUUCUGCUAUGCCCUGCAGCACUUCAGCGAGAGCAUUCAGGAGUACCUGGCCAACCUGGACAAAGCCCCCGACCCGACCGUGAGGAAGGACACCUUCUCCAAUGAGAUCUUCAGCGCCUAUGACGUGCUCUUCAACAGCUGGCUGCAGAGCCGGGAGGCCAAGCUGAGGCUGGCGGUCGUGGAGGCUCUCGGACCCAUGAGUUACCUGAUGCCCGGCGAUAAGCUGGAGGAGCAGCUCCCCAAACUCAUCCCAGGGAUUCUCGCCCUCUACAAGAAGCACGUGGAGACCUUCUACGUGUCCAAGAGCUUGUGCCAGAUCCUGGAGGCUUCUGUCAACAUUGGCAGCCGUACUCUGGACACGCAGCUGGACGCACUCCUGAGCGCGCUGCAUCCCCAGAUCUGUGCCCCUGCAGACCCCUCCGUCCCGCUCAUGGUGAAGAAUCACACCGAGGUGCUGCGCUGCUUCACCGUUCUGGCCUGUUCCUUCCCCGACCGCGUCCUCGCCUUCCUGCUCCCCAAGCUGGAGAACAGCAACGAGAGAGUCCGGGUGGGGACGCUUCUCAUCAUGCGGCAGAUCAUCAACUGUGCUGCCUCCCAGAUGGAGAUCAAAAAGCCCUUUAUUCUCUCGUCCAUGAAGCUCCCUCUGCAGGACAGCAGUGACAAGGUGAAGCGGGCUGUGGUGCAGGUGAUCAGUGCGAUGGCUCACCACGGCUACCUGGAGCAGGCAGGCGGCGAAGCCAUGAUGGAGUACAUCCUCCGCCAAUGUGCCCUGCCCCUGGACACAGGUCCCAAGAAGCAGAUGCCGGAAGGAGAUGACUUCACCAGUGACAGUGUCCGGAGCAUCAGUAUCAACACGCGCUUCCUCAUCAGCACGACCGUCGACGGGAUGAGCGAGGUGCUGUGGCCCUACCUGCUGGAGUUCGUCACCCCGGUACAGUUCACCAGUGCUUUGACGCCCCUUUGCAAGAGCCUAAUGCACCUGGCGAUGAAGAAGCAGGAGGAGGGGGAGGCAGCGGUCCUCAUCCACUAUGACGCCAACCCAAAUCUGCCAUCCCCGUCUGCCCUGACCACAAGGCUGCUGGUGGUGUCCUCCCAGCCCUACCUGGGGGAUGGCCAGGGGGCUGCUGCUCUGCGCCUGCUGAUGGGGGCUGCUGCUCUGCGCCUGCUUAACGGGCUGCACUCGAGCAUCCAUCCAACGCUGGGCCCACUGUGGAACGCCGCGAUUCCCCCCUUAGUGGAGCACCUGGAAGAGCACACGGAGAAAUCCCUGUCCCAGAAGGAGUGGGAAGACAAGCUGCUUCUGUUCCUCAAGGAGACGCUGACAGUGAUUUCGGACAAGUCUUGGAUCUGCCAGUUCAGCACGGAGAUGUGCAAGCAGCUGAACAGCUACAACGGCUUCCCCUUGGAGAAGACCUUCCUGUACAAAUGCAUGGGCACGCCGCUCAGGGUCUGCCCCAGCAAGGACAUGGUGCACAAGCAGCUGCAGGAGCUGCUUGAGACGGCCCGGUACCAUGAGGAAGCAGAAAGGGAGGGCCUUGCUUCCUGCUUUGGGAUCUGUGCAAUCGGCCACCUGGACGAGGCGCUGGCCAAGCUGGAGGACUUUGUGAGAUCUGACAUCUUCAAGAAGUCAGUGGGACUGUUCAGCAUUUUCAAGGACCGCAGCGACAACGAGGUGGAGAAGAUCAAGAGCACCCUGAUCCUGUGCUACGGCUACGUGGCCAUGUACGCGCCCAAGGAGCUGGUGCUGUCCAGGAUUGAAGCGGACAUCCUGAAGAACGUUUUCCAAUACUUCAACACCAAGGUUCUGGGCAUAAAGGUAGAAACCAAGGACCUGACGCUGAAGCUGUCUCUCAUCCGGAGCAUCUGUAUGAUCAGCCAGGCCAUCUACCAUAGCGUGCACUCGGGCGCCUUCGUCUUCUCCCGCAAGGCAGAGCUCAUCUCGCAGAUGAUGGAGUUCAUAAAAGCAGAGCCAGUGGAUGCCAUGAGAAGCCCCAUUCGCCAGCGGGCCAUGAUCUCCUGCACGUACCUGGCCACCCUGGAGCCGCCCCUGGGCCAUACCGAGAGGGCUGAACUGAUCGACUGCUGCCUGAACAGCGUCCUUGCCCUCCCGCCGCCAGAAGUCAUGAGGGAGAGAGACAGCACUGUGACAGAUACCUGCCUGAAGGACCUGUACCGGGACACCAUAAAUGCCCUCAAGGACUUGAUGAAGAGCCUCCUGCAGAAGGACCUGACUCCACAGGGCCUACAUGACAUGUUCGAGCACUUAAACCGCUGGAUUAAAUCGGCCAGAGAGCACGAGCGCGAGCGAGCCAUGGAGGUCAGCGUGGCAUUGCUGGAGCGCUAUCGGGAGAAGCUGCAUGUCAGCACGGUAGUGCCGUUCUUUAACCUGGGGGUGCUGAUCGCCCUGUUCUCCCCGCGCUGCUCGGACUCCCUGGCCAGCGUUCGCCAGCACGCUGUGGACUGCGUCUACUAUCUGCUUUACAUCCAGCUCUGCUACGAAGGAUUCGCCCAGGACUAUCGAGACGAGAUGGUGGAGAAGCUGCCAGCCCUGAAGAAGGGGCUGGAGGAGCCGGACUUCACCAUCCUUUUCCACACCUGCUACAACAUCGCCAUGGUGAUCGGGAAGCGCGUUCCCCCUGAACAGCUCAUGAGUCUCCUGCUCACGAUGUUUGAGAGCCUGGCGGACCCCGACAAGAACUGCUCCCGCGCAGCCACCGUCAUGAUCAACUCCCUCCUGAAGGAGCGCGGCGCCGUGCUGCUGGAGAAGGUGCCGGACAUUGUGAGCGUGAUCCACAGCAAGCUGCAGGAGGUGGACGAGGAGCACGUGAGGAAGUCAGUGCAGCAGACGGUCUACAUCCUGGCCUCCCAGCACUGCACGGCCGUCGUGUGCAGCCUCCUGGGCAGCUCCCUGCCCUUCGACAGCCAGGCCCGCGUCAUGUGGAAGUCGCUGGCCACGGAGCCCACGCUGACGGCCCAGGUCCUGGAGCUGCUCCUGGAGAAGGUGAAUCGGGACGUGCCGUACAAGGAGAACAAGUCCUCCCUGCUGAGCAGCGGCUCGGCGCGCGUCGCCACAGUGCUGCCCCUCGCCGCCACAUGUGCGCUGUAUGAGAUCAUGUCUGCUCUGGAGUCUGGGGCAGCGGUGCUCGGGCUCUACCCACAGUUGUUUGUGACUCUCCUGUUGCGAGUCAGCUGCACCGUGGGUGUCCAGCUCCCCAAGAACCUGCAGUGCAAGGAGAGGAAGAGCGCCAGCCACGGCCCCGUGCCCAGGCCCCUGGACCCUUGCAGCUGUGCUGUGGAAACCCUGAAAAUCAUGCUGACCCAGGGGGGCAGUGCAGACGUAACGAACGCCGUGGCCAGCGCGGACGGCUGGGACCUGAUGAAAUGCCCUGAAAGGCACCACGAUGGGGUUGCCCUGCUGGCCAGCGCCAUGGCCAAGCACGCCGGCCCCAGGCUCCCUCUGAUCGUGAAGAACCUCCUCCCGGUGCUCAACAGCGUCUACGACAUCCAGCGCAUCACCACCACGGCCUUCUUCGCAGAGCUCCUCAGCAGCAACGUGGUGAACGACCUGGUGCUGCUGGAGUCCAUGAUGGACAACAUGACGGGCCGGCAGAAGGACCCCUGCACGACCGUGCGCAUGCUGGCGCUCCGCGGGCUGGGCAACAUCGCCUCCGGGUCGCCAGAGAAGGUGCGGAAGCAUGGGGCGCAGCUCCUGGCCUCCAUGAUCAAUGGCAUGGACGACAAGGACGACCCGCACAACCUGGUGGCGCUGGAGGCCAUGUCCAGCCUGUCCAAGCUCCUGGACCACGUGGAGGAGAGAGACAUCCACUCCAUGCUCCUCCACAUCGCCAUCCGCAUCCGGCCCUUCUUCGACAACGAGAGCCACGAGCUGCGCCAGUCGUCCAUCCUCCUGUUCGGGAGCCUGACCAAGUUCAGCGAGGGCAGCUGCGAGGACGUCUUCUUCGAGCAGAUCCUCAACGGGCUGGUGACGCUGCUGCUCCACCUCCAGGACCCCCAGCCGGAGGUGGUCAAGGCCUGCAAGUUCGCCCUGCGCAUGUGCGGCCCCAGCAUGGGCUGCGAGGGGCUCCGCGACAUGUUCCGCAACCACCUGCGGGAGGAGCGGGGCCUGCACUACGGCGAGUUCCUCAACCACGUCUGCAAGCACCUGAUGCAAACCUACCCCGAGAUGCUGCCUCGCCUCAUUUCCACCAACCUCUUCUACUUCAAGAGCAUCUGGCCAGACCUCCGCGCGGCUGCGCCCAUGUUCAUCGGUUUCCUCGUGCUGCACGUGGACCCCGAGCACUGCCGGCAGGUGGACCUGGACCUGCUCAUUGCCGGUGAGCACCGGCGCGGUGCCCGUGGGGCUCCAGUAUCGGCACGGGCGGAUCCCUGCCUCUCUCCAGCUGGGUGCUGUGGCCCAACAGCGUGGGAGCUUUAAACGGGGCUCUGAACAAGAGUGGGGGGAUCACUGGGUUACCUGCAGGGCCCAAGCCCCCGCCGCUCUUGCUGGCGAGGCGAGUUCCCCUGCGCCCAGCAGUCGGAGCCCGGUGCAAGCUCUCCCGCCCUGGUGCAGUCUCGGGCCCUGGCGCUGAACCUGUGCCUCGGUGGGGCACAGACUGGCCGUCCCGCAGCUCCCGCAGGCCCAGGGGUGACAUCCGGGGGUCGUCCGUCCUGGCGGGCGCGGGCAGCGCAUGGUGUUCGCUGGCGGUCCCGGCCGCGGCCUGGCGCCCGCUGCGACGAGGGCUGGAGACCGCGCCGCCCUCGGCCUCCUGGGCGCCGUCCCCGGGCAUCCGGCCGGGCGCGCACGGCACUCGCCAGGAACGCCAGGCCUGCACGUCACGUGUCUGCCGUUAAAGGGCCCAGCUCGUGCUCGUUAGGGAGGGCUCAUAAAGGCGCCGAGUGAGGCUGGUGGCAUUUUGGAGCGGAGUUAAGUAAUUUUCCUGGAUUUUGGGGAUUUUUUCCCUGUCACCAGUGACCUCAUAGCAUAGAGUAAUGCAUGGAAACUCUCAGCGCCUUCCAAGAGGGAGCUUAAAAAACACUAAAAAAGGAAAAACUAUCUUUCCGCUGGCUCCCCGCGCCCGGCCAGAAGAAAGAGGCCUGUCUGUUUGAAACAAGGGAAAGCGAAUCCGUGCGCGAGUGAGUAAUCGCUGGAGCUGGCCGGCCUGGCCCGGCCUCCCCAGCUUCCCGUAGCGAGUGGAUUAGCCGAGCAGGGCCGCGGGGCUGGCGUCGGGCCCCGACUUGCGGCGCUCGGUGGGCUUGGGUGCGAGGCCCCCGGGAGCAGGAAGCUGCGGGUGCGCGAAUCGGCACCUCCCGGCGCGGCGGCAGGCGAGCGUGAAUGGGCUCCUGGAAAGGUGGCGGUGCCGGGGCCGCUGGAGAGACCCCCUGGCCAGGCUCCUGCGGCCGCGAGCUGCUCCAGUCGCGGUGAUGGGGCAGGGCCGCGCUGUCACGCUCCCACGUGGCCGCCUGCGAGGCCUGGCGGCGGGUCCUGCCUUGGCACUGACGCCCUGCGCCGUGGCCCUUCAACGCCCGUCCCCGGGGGCCAGGGGAUGGAUGCCCCUGGCACGGGUUGUACAGGCCCGAUGCUGGCUGGGUGGAGGCCCGGCUGGGCCCCGCUGGCAGG